AUGUAUCUCCGCGACCAGCAGGCACAGCUCUUGCUCGCCGGCGCUGCUAUUGCCUGCUACCAGUCCAACCCCUUCAUCAAGCAAGAAGAAAGAGAAAGAAAGAUACCCUCCCUCAUCACUUAUUACACCUCGCCUCAACCUGAGCGCCCACCCCGGUUACCAACCGCCGAGAUGCCCGUCACAGAGCUCGCCACGAUCCCGUCGGCCACGCCGGGCCACGUCCCCGUCGCCCUCGUCGAAGUCCUCAAGGCCGCCCAGGUCCUGCAGGGCGAAUGGUGCACCGCGCACGCCCCGUCCCUGCCUCUGGACCACGGCGUGCCCGCCCGCCGCGGCGCCGCGCUCUACGUCCGGCUCGACGACCCGGGCGUCGUGCUCAUCACGGCGCACUGGGAGUCGACGGCGCAGCACGCUGCGUGCGUGGCGAGCGAGCUGAACCAGCGCGCUAUGGGGAGCUUCCUGCCGCUUGUGGUGGCGGAGGGGAUUCACUAUUUCCACGUUGGAGGGGUGGAGAUGUUUGGCGAUGGGGAUGGGGAUGGGAAGAGAGAGGAAGAACCGCCGCUCCACGCGGCUGUUGUGAGCGUGGCGCGUGUGAUGGCCUCGCGGGUGAAGCAGGCCGGGUUCGAGGAGGCGUUUGCGAGCGUGAAGGGGCUGCUGGAUAAGGCUACGUCGCCCUGGGUGCAUAAGAGCGGAUGGAGGAUUGAGAGGGAGGAGGGUAGGGACGAGGAUGUGGAGGAAUUUGUGCUGGUGGGCGGGUGGGAGAGCGAGGAGAAGGUGCGGGAGUAUCUGGAGGGGAGGUGGGAGGGCUUUGGGGAGUAUAUGGAUGCGCUGCGACCGCUGGUGCUGGACGUGGAUUUGACGGCUUAUCGAAAGCUUGCUUGA